AUGAUAAAAUUUAAGUUUUCAUAGUUGUUUCUCUAUUACUCACUCAUGUAAGUUUUUUUUUAUAGUUUUAGAUUAUAGUAAACUUUUGAAUUCUCAUGCUAAUUCGAUAAUUUUGAAAACAGCCUUUUAGAUUUACAUGAUCCAUUUUAAAAUGUUUCUUUUGAUGUUUAAUAUGAAUCUGACUAUUGGUAUUCCUCUGGUUUUUGGUCCAAAUAUAUUGAAUAUUAAAUGAUGCAUCAGAGCCAUGUUAUUGGUUCAAAAGAUUUAGACUUGGAAAAAGGGAGAUUAUUAUUUCUCUAAAAAUAAAUGAGCAACAAAGGAAAAAAAGAGUACAAUAUAACUGUCUAUUAAAAAUUUGCUUUUAGUGCAUAUUAUUGGAGUUAUAAUCCUUAUCAUGUUUUAGAGGUAUCCUAUAUUGAAAAUUCAAAAACAGAAUUUUAAUCGAUGAUUUUGCAACUUGAAAAUCAACAUUUAGAUGGAAUCUGGCAUUUGACUCUUAUAGAGUAUAAUCCAGACAAGAAGAUUUUGCUAUUUANUAUUAGUCCCCCUUGA